AAAUUCCAUAAUUAAUAGCAGAGUCCAUAAUCCAUAGUAAAAAUUUUCUUAGAUUUUUAAAAUGGAUGCAGUAUUUAAAAGCCUUCUGUAAUUUAAGAUGCCGAUUAGUAAUAUUAGUUAAACGGAUAGAUGCGCGCUUUUCUCCAAGUCUGUUUCUGCAUCGGCUAGUUUGCGUCGACGAUUUUGUACUGUUGCAGACGGACAUCACGAUUUUUUAUUUUAUUUUAUUAUUAUAUUUUUUUUUUUACAAACCACGAUUUCAAGCCUGGUUACUAUUGUUAGUGAACGGCGGUUUCUUAUGUCGUUCAACUGGGAUCAAGACAACUUAUUUAUCAAGUCUAAGUUGAACGAAUUGAAACCGUAAGUAAAAACAGUGUCGAAAAGUAUCAGGUUUUUCUACAAAAAUAUUUGUAUUUAACAUGAACGCUACGAGUUUGUACGUAUCAACCUGCAGACUAGUUGUUCAAGCUAAUACCGAAGAACAGUCUUCAUGGAAUGACUUGUACCGGCUUCUGCCUUACUUAAGACAAGCAUUAUCUUGUACCGUCUGUGACUUGUUAUUAGUUGAACCAUACAGUCCAGAAAGUUCUUGCCAACAUCAUGUCUGUAAAUCAUGUAGAGGCAGAAAAAAAAAGUUAAAACCAUCUUGUAGUUGGUGCAAGUGCUAUAAUAGCUACAAUGAAAAUGUGCAGCUUAGGAUACUACUACAGUGCUACAAAAAGUUAAAUGAAUACCUUGUGGGAACCUCAAUUUUCAAAAAAUUAAAAUUUAAUGAAUCAACCGGAGGGACCAGUGGCCUCUCAGAAAUAAUUGAAGAAGGAGCAGGGUUCAAGGAUGAAUUCAAUAGCUAUGCUGGGCUCUCAAAGUCAGCAUUAAAACAACUUCCUUGUGCUUUGAUGCAAAAUCCAACUGUUAGUGUUCAAACUCAAACAAAUAACUCUGUUUUAGUUGAAAAGAAUCUUGAUUCUUGUGGGGCCAACCAAUCACUUACCAUCCCAAUCAUUCAAACAGCACCUGUGUUGCAUACAGAGGUGUCUGCUUUACCCAUAGAUGCAAACAGUGCACCAAAAGAUUUAAAGUCAUCAAGAAAUCCUAAACCAAAAAUUAAGAGAAAAGGGUGCCGCUGCGGGAACGCAACUUCAUCUCCAGGGAAACUAACGUGUUGCGGCCAGAGAUGCCCGUGCUACGUGGAAGCAAAAGCCUGCACAGAUUGUCGUUGCCGUGGGUGUAGAAAUCCUCACAUUCCAGGAGGGAAAAAAAUGCGGUUUUUUUCUAGCGAUGUCGGAGAUUCCACCAGUAACACAUCUGAAUCAUCCUUAGUGGCGCAAAUAGGCUUACCGCAAUAUGGUGUUCAACGGACUUCCAUAUACUCCACUAGCCCUCAAAUGUCAUUCGAAAAAGUUCCAUCGACAUUACUGGUUGAUGACGAGAAAUCCAAUAGUGGCAGAAGUGAAACAUUAGAUGUUGACGUAUGAAUACAUUCAUCGUUCAUCAUCUCUA